UCAUCUAGUUAUAAACAAACUUCGAGUUAACAAGUUAUCAAAUAGAAUGUCUGCUCUCUUGAUUUUUCUAUCGCUAUUAGUGACUUUUAUUGUGACUUCAUUUUUAUACGUGCAAUCCAAGUAUUCCUAUUGGAAGCGUAAGGGUGUUCCUUACCAGACUCCAAUAUUUCCAUUCGGAAAUUUAAAAAAUGUAUUUCUGCAAAAGGAGCAAUUUGGUGAGGGUCUUGCCGAUAUUUACAAAAGCACAUCUGAGCCAUUCAUCGGUAUUUACACCGCACUGAGGCCGGCUUUGUUGAUUCGUGAUCCGAAAAUCAUUAAAGAUAUGUGUAUCAAGAAUUUUCAUAGUUUUGAUCAUCGCAUAUUACAAGCGAAUGUUGAAGCUGAUCCGAUGGCCGACAAUCUCUUAUUGCAGAAGGGAGAAAAAUGGAAACGACUGAGAACACAAUUUACGCCAGCAUUCUCAUCAGGAAAAUUAAAAGGAAUGUUUGAAACGAUCGUUGCAUGUGGCAAAUCAUUGGACAAGCACAUAAAAAGUUUUGCAAUCAGUGGCAAGUCCGUGGAGAUGCGUGAUGUGUUCGCUCGAUUUGCGACAAACGUAAUUGCGUCGGUUGCAUUUGGCAUUGAAGUCGAUUCUAUUGAAAAUCCUGAAUGUGAAUUCCGAACAUAUGGACAGAAAAUUUUCCAACCAUCACUUAAAAAUACAAUACGUGCAACUACCAAUGUUUUUAUUCCGAAAUUAUCAAAAUUAUUUGGAUUUAGAUUUGUCGAUAAGGAUAUUGGUGACUUUAUGAUCGAAACUGUGCGACAAAAUUUGGAGUAUCGUGAAAAAAACAACGUCACUCGCAAGGAUUUCUUUCAACUGUUGAUGCAACUACGAAAUACCGGAAAGAUUCUCGAUGAUGACGAUUGGUCGACCAAAUCCACUUCGAACAAAAAAGAAUUGACACUCAUUGAAUUAGCUGCCCAGGCAGUUUUAUUCUUUGGAGGAGGUUUUGAAUCAUCAUCAUCAACGAUGUCAUUUUGUUUGUAUGAACUAGCUAAAAAUCCCGAAACUCAACAAAAGGCUUACGAAGAAAUAGUUGACGUUCUUGAAAAACACGAUGGCAAAUUAACAUAUGAUUCGGUUGCCGAUAUGAAAUUUAUUGAGAGCUGCAUUGAUGAAUCACUUAGAUUACAUCCACCAUUUCCAAUCGCCACUAGAAAUUGUAGCAGAAAUUAUCAAAUUCCGGGCACAAAUGUGACUAUUGAAGAAGGUACCCCGAUUUUUUUUUCAACCAUUGGAUUACAGUAUGACGAAAAGUACUACGCUGAACCAAACAAAUUCAAACCAGAAAGAUAUAGUAGUGCACAGUCAAUAAACAGAAGCUUUGAUGAAAUGCCUAAUUUGGUGUUUGGCGAAGGUCCACGCAAUUGCAUUGCAAAGCGAUUAGGAAAGUUACAAUCUAAAAUCGCAAUCAUUUUGUUGAUAGAGAAAUUCAUAUUUGAAUUAGAUGAUCAACACAAAAACACAGAACUGACACUGGACCCAAGGAGUAUUGUUUUAGCUCCGAUCAAUGGUCUUAAUUUUAAGGUUUCAAGUCGGUAAAACAUAGUAUCUUCUUGUUUUUACUCGGCCUGUUUGCAUAAAUAUGUCAUUCUUUUAUCAAUAAAAAUAGAAAUUCACAACAACAAAA